GUUACAUUGUCAAUUUUCGAUAUAAAUUUGACCCACGUUGUAUUAAGUUAGUUGGGAAGUGUGAGAUAUAUGAAUGGAUGGCCUGCACUUCUAAAAACUAAGUAGACCCAUUUGGCGAACAAGGAAGCUGUAUAGAAAGAGACUCCUUUUUUUCCUUUCAUUCUUCUCUUAUCUAAAUCAUCUUCUUCUUCGUCUUUUCAUCAUCUUUCUUUCAAUCUAUCAACAAAGAAUUUCAGAUGGGGAAUUGUCAAGCGGUUGAUGCGGCGGCUUUGGUUAUACAGCACCCAAGUGGCCGGAUUGAGAGGUUGUAUUGGCCGGUGGUGGCUAGUGAAGUUAUGAGGACUAAUCCGGGUCAUUAUGUUUCUCUUAUAAUUCCAUUGCCUCAAUCUGAGGAUGACAAUAGCGAGCCGAAAACGGUGCGUUUUACUCGUGUCAAGCUUCUCCGGCCAAAUGACACUCUUGCUCUUGGACAUGCCUAUCGCCUUGUUACCACUCAAGAGGUUAUGAAGGUGUUGCGGGCUAAAAAGUAUGCAAAAUCUAAGAAGCCUUUGCCGGAAUCGGAGGAGAAGCCGCAGACGGAGAUGGAGAAGCGGUCUGCUGGUGAUGAAGAAGAAGAUACUGAAAAGAAUCAGCAGGUAGUCAAACAUGAAAGACAUCGAAUUAGAACGCCUGUAGCAAACACAACUGCGGCGAGGUCAAGGGCUUGGAGACCAUCGUUGCAAAGCAUCUCCGAAGCUGCCAGCUGAUUUAUGUUUCUCAUACUUUUUUCUACAUCAUAACAAAGCAAGAGUGGUUCAUACGACAGAAUAGAGGAGUUUGAUUUAAGAUAGCUCUCAUUGAUGGCAGAGAAACAUCUCAAUUUAUUGAAAGUUAGAAGAUUCAGAGAGAGCUUGAAAAUGAGCAUCCAAGUUUCCAAUUUCAGUGUAAAACCACAGCCCCAGAAUGGUUCAUGUAUUGCAAUUGCAACUAAUAAGCCAUUUGUAUAGCAACAACAAAGAUAUCAAUGAAAUUGACACUGUGUUGGAGUAUCUUUGUGAUGAUACACACAUUUUUUCCUC